AUGAGAGCAAAAUUAGGUCCUGUCGUGACAGCGGUGAUGUACCUCGAUAAGAAGAAAGGAGUAAGCGUCUCAGAUGUCGCUGACUUUCUACGUCACAACUACGGCCUCAAAACUCUCCCGGACUAUAAGAAGUCUUUGAAACUAGCAGUAGAAGAGGGAUUCUUGACCGUCAGACACAACCGCUUCUACCCUGCACUGAACGAGGACACACUCUUGGAGGCGCGUAGGAGACGGAAACGUUCACUAAAGCGUCGAAGAGGUAGACGUCACGACGACAACGAUGAGGUAGUCAUAGCCCGCGGUCGCAGACAACAAAGAUAUCGGUACAAAAGGAGAAGCCGUAAACAAACGGGACGUGAAGCUGACAGUGAACUGAUAGAGGCUCGACGCAGGAGAAGGUCUAUUAGCAAAAGACUCCGGAGGAAUAGCAUUAUCCAGGCUCGAAGAAGACGUAGGUCUAUAAGACGUCGCAGUGAUGAUUCCGACGAUCUCACUAUGGCUCGUCGACGCCGGAAGAGAUCCACACGACGCGCCAGGAGGCGAGAUGACUACGAUGAACUCAUCAUGGCUCGUCGUCGCCGUAAGAGAUCUACAAGACACGCUAGGAGGCGAGAUGACUCCGACGAUCUCACCAUGGCUCGUCGUCGCCGUAAGAGAUCUACACGACGCGCUAGGAGGAGAGAUGACCUAGAUGAUCUCACCAUGGCUCGUCGUCGCCGUAAGAGAUCUACACGACGCGCUAGGAGGAGAGAUGACCUAGAUGAUCUCACUAUGGCUCGUAGAAGACGCAGGUCUCGUAGAAGCACGCGCAGACGUCGAGGUCGCAAACACGAAGAAUCAUCUGCUCCUCAAGAUCAAACUGGAGAGUCUCCCAACAAUCCUCCAGAGCCGGUGGAUCAGCCGUCGCAAUAA